UCAUAAGGAGAUUAAUAAUGACCUUUUUUGUUUGGGAAAGAAUCAUACUUGGGUUGAGGCGAUAGUGAAGAGGCAAAGGAAAAUGUGUCAAGAAUGGAGGCACAAUUGGCUAAGGAUGUUCGACCAUUCAAUUUUAUAACAUCGAUGAGAAUAAUUAGGGAUGCGAUUUUGGUGUCUGAGGGGGUGAACACAAUCAACGUUGGUCGGGCUGUGUUGAUUCACACAAAGCCGAGGAGUAGGUUGGAUGUUGGGACUUGGGGGACAAUGGGGAUGGUCUGGGAUAUUGCAUUACUGUGGCAGUGGCUUCAUCUGGUCGGGUUGUGGUUUCUAUUUAGGGGACUCUGGAUUUGGUUUUAGUGCCAUGGAAGUUGAGGUGGCAACAGGCAUGGUUUGA